AUGUCUAAUCAAAUUACCAUUCAAAAUAUUAAGAUUUGCAAAAAGCAAAAAAUUUUGCCUGUUUGGAAAUUUUUCAGAAUUUCUAAUGGAAAUCCACAGUGUCUUUUUUGCAACUUAACUUUUAGUUCACGAACUGUAACAUCAUCUUUACAAUGGCAUUUGGAAUCAAAGCAUGGUCAAACAGCAAUUCAAUUAAGAGCUUUAAGACUUCAAUCUAGACAAUCUGAACCAUAUGAAGUCACAGAACAACAAAAACGUCAUGAAGCAAUUAUCCAUUGGAUUAUACAUGAUCAACAAUCUUUUUGCAUAACAGAAAACAAGUAUUUUCAUGAAAUGCUUAAACUUUUUGAUCCACG